CCGUGUCAUUGGAUUUACCUGAAGGUGAUUUUCUUCGAUUAUAUGCAACUUGUAAAGGCUAAUGAAGUAGUCUGUGUCUGAUAGAUGUCUAAAAGACUUCAUACUUAGCCCUCCUUUAGUGCAAUGGCUAUAUUCGUGCGCAUCGCCGGACCAAUAAUAAAGGCUGGCCUCCCGAAAUUGGGUUAUUUGCGUUCACGCUUUCUCUGGGAACAGACUAACCACACCAAAGCCAGCAUGGUGAUCAAACUCGAGAAAGUGUUGAUCAGCGACGAAGUUGAUCCGAAAUGUGUAAAUAUUCUUCAAAACAACGGAGUGGAAGUUGUGAAAAACACAAAACUCUCCAAAGAGGAAUUAUUAGCAGAAAUACCGAAAUAUGAUGGGUUGAUUGUUAGGUCAGCAACAAAAGUAACAGCAGAUGUCAUCAAUGCUGGAACAAACCUCAGGAUUAUUGGCCGUGCUGGCACUGGUGUGGACAAUAUUGACACUGAGGCUGCCACAAGGAAGGGUGUCAUAGUCAUGAACACCCCGGGAGGAAACACUCUCAGUGCCGCUGAACACACGUGUACACUCAUCAUUGCUCUCACAAGGAACCUUGGUGCUGCUUCUAUGUCUAUGAAAGAAGGCAGGUGGGAUCGUAAGAAGUUCAUGGGCUCAGAGCUCUAUGGAAAGACCCUUGCCAUCAUUGGACUGGGUAGAAUUGGCAAGGAAGUUGCCCUGCGCAUGCAGUCAUUUGGCAUGACUACCAUUGGAUUUGACCCAAUUGUCAGCCCUGCUGAAAGUGCUGAGUUCAACACGGAGUCGUUGUCCCUGGAGGAGAUCUGGCCCCGAGCAGACUUCAUCACAGUGCAUACACCCCUCAUCCCUCAGACUAAGCAUCUCUUGUGUGAUGCCACCUUUGCUAAGUGCAAAAAAGGUGUCAAAGUUGUGAACUGUGCGCGAGGUGGUGUUAUUGAAGAAGCUGCCCUACUUAGGGCUCUCGAGUCGGGCCAGUGUGGCGGUGCUGGUCUUGAUGUGUUUGUGGAGGAGCCACCCAAAGACUACACUUUGGCCAAGCAUCCCAAUGUGAUCGCCACCCCUCAUUUAGGUGCCAGCACCAUCGAGGCCCAGACCAGAGUAGCUGAAGAUAUAGCCCAGCAGUUUGUAGACCUGGCUCAGGGGAAAUCUCUCUUUGGAGCUAUUAACGCUCCAGCUCUUGCGAAUGCUCUGAGUCCCGCUACACAGCCGUGGGUGCAGCUGGGCGACAGACUCGGUGCUGUAGGCAGCUUGCUGUCCAAGAACAUGUCCAUCACCAAUGUAGAGGUUGUCAUGUUUGGAGAGCCUUUGAAGAAAGCUGGAACUUUCCUUAUUGCAUCAGUCAUGGCUGGAUUCUUGAAGACUUCUGCUAUUGACAACGGAGACCUUGUUCCUAUCAGCUUGAAUCUGGUCAACGCACCUAUUUAUGCCAAGCAAUCUGGAGUAGUUACAACCUCGACAUACAAAGAAGGCUCUGACAGCACAUACGUGCGUAUAGACCUGCAGGGAGCCGGUGGAGAAGUCCUUCAGGUGUGUGGCACCGUGGCGGGGUCAGAGUGUGAACUUCUUUCUGUUCAAGGAUGCGCCUUUGGAGUUCCUGCCAAUCUGUCUGGCAAUGUGAUUGUGUACAGAGUGCACAAGGAGAUUCCUUUGGCUGAUAUUAUCAGUGCCGCAGCUAAGGAUGGAGCUCAGGUGAGAGCAGUGUCCACCUCCGAACUGAAAAACUCGCAAGCCUUCGGUGUGCUCAGUCUGAAUGCUCCUGUCUCACCUGGUCUGACCAACUUGAAUUCAGUCGUCAGCGUAGCGUACCCAGCCUCCCUGUAGUUCUCUCGACUUCUAGUGUCUCAGACGUAUCUUUACAAAAAUGUUUUAUGAAUUGUAUUAAAAAGAAUAUAUCUGCUAUGUUUUUUCCGCUUUGUUGGGAAUGCGGUUUGUUUUGGUGUAAUUUUUUGAAAGACCACUUCUCUGGAAAUGUCAGAAAUUUUGAAAGUGUACGAUCAUUUAUGUCCCUUUUGUACAUGUAGUGUCGAUGUUCCUCUCUCCACUCAAUGCCCUAAUGGGAAGUUUCUGUAAAUUUUACUACUAAAUCAUGAUGCGCCAAAUUGUUACUGAAACGAAAAUAAAAAGUUUAUGUGCCUCUUUUGAUCUGUGAAUGACAAGGCGAGUAUCAAGACAGUGUGUGCUACUCUUGUCAGGAUGAGAUUUGUAGUUUGUUAUUCAGACAAAACGAGGACUUAUAACAUUUGCGGUGUUUGAAAAUCUGAACAAAUUAUAUUUGUAAUGUGUGCAGCACCAAUGUUUUGAGGGUUGUCUAAUCUUUUUGAAAGCUCAAAAAAAAAUUGUGACUGAACUUGGAUUUGUUUUUGUGUCAUAAAAGGUUUUUAAAGAGGGUAUUGUUUAACCUUAAAAGGUAACAAAUGCACAAUCAACCCUGUGUUAUCAAUAUAGAAUGUAGGUAACAAUAUGGGUUGUUCAAGUCAUUUUGUGAUGUUUUGUCAGCACUUAAUCAUAUGGUGUACAGGAAGCCAGCAAGAACUCUGUGCAUGGCACAGUGAAGGAGAUAUUGCCAACACCUUGGAAUGUUUCAUUUUUUAUCUCCCUUGGUUCUGCUAGUCUGUCACUUUGCUUGUCAUCGUUGAUGAUGAAUUUAAAUCUGGUAACUCACUAAUAAUACAUAAUAAUUAUCAAAUACUCUAGUAAUUCCAAAUGCAGUUCUGCUGCACAAAGUCUUUAAAUGACAAACUUAAAUCAGGUAACUCACUACGGGACGCAGUACAUUAAUAGUCAACACCAUAUACUUGAGUAAUUCCAAAUGCAGUGUGCUGCACAAAGUCUUAAAAUUUCUCUCUGUCAUACUUUGUGUCAAGAUCUGCUUUUAGAUUGUGGGUUGUGUGAGUGAAAGUUGAAAUGACCUCUGUACGCAAUAUGAAUGCUUGUUUCAAAUGUUGUAGUGUGAUCAAUGGACCAUAAGUAUUCUUAGGCCACUUUGUUGAAAGGAACAUUCCUCAUUGUUUCAUCCUCCCCCCCAGUUUGUGUAUAAGAGUAAAACCUCCCUGUGCUUUCUUCUCUUUUGUGAGGCAGUGCCAUGUGUGCCGAGUGGCAACCCAGGUUUUUAUGAAUCCCCUAAGGGGCAUUAGUGUACCUGUGUUGUUUGAUGGGUGUUAUAACACAAGUCAUCCUGCCUCUUAAAUCAUUGUACUCGGCCUAUUCUGUUCUUUAUGAGAUUAUAAAACUCACUGGGCGGUGGGGGAAAAUGAUGCUGGUACAUCUUACUUGCAAUCAAAUUCUAAAAAUGUGCAGGAAAAUCCUGUAUCAUUCCUAGUUUUGAACAAAAUUGUUACUGUUACUGUUAAGCUGAGCAACAGGAUCUUUCACACACCUCAAGUUGCUUUGUAUCUUGUGUCCGUUUUGAAUGUUAAAUGAUGGUAAAAAGUUAUUUUUGAUGAAGGCUUGAAGGUUCGUUUGAGAUCAAUUCUCUUUCUUCCUUGUUGGUGAGGGUAACUUGAGGAAGGAACAAAUGGAAGAAUUGUGGAGUGAAUGGAAGAGCAGAUUGUUGAGGAUUGCCAAGCCAAAAUGCUCUGUGUACACUGUAUUGACUAUAGUCAUUAUGUAAUUGCAAGCUUGAGAAUUUGUACUUAUUUUUUUGGUGCUCAAUGAAAUGUCAAGUAAUUUUUCAGUGGUUUUUCAUUCAAUAGCUCUAGCAACACAUCAUGCCCUUACAUCUUGGAUUUGUAAUAUCUUUGUUCAAUCUUGGUUAGUCUUUCACCCAGUGACUAUUGCCUUUUAAAAAGAGGUGUGUUUACAAUUAGGCCUCUAUGGUAGGUGAGCUAAGUUGUCGGUGAAUCAUAGAGGAAUAGCGAUAUCAUAUUUGUUGACAACUGGUGAUGUGUUUUAGAAAAUCAUGUUUAAAAAAAACAUAAUUUCACUUUAUACUGUAGGUUAUUUUUCUUUGAUGCACUUUAUUCUGUGUGUCAUAGAUAUUUUUACUGCUGGUUUUCUAGUAUUUUGUGUUGGUCAUUGUGUCCUUAACUCUUAACCAAGUCAGUAUAUGAAGACUACUGCCACAUCGGUAUGUUCAUACAGAUCUAGUUGCGUAUUUUGCAUUUUCCUGAUAAUUGUCACAGUCUGCCUUUGUAAAGAAGUUUUAAAGUGAGUCGAUUAAAAAAAUAAAGUAUUUUACAGUCCUAGUCAUGUUUUUAAAAGAAAUGUAGUUAACAUGUACCAUUCGGGUAGUCAACGAUUUGUGCAUAAGCACAUAAUGUAUAAAAUAUAUAUGGGUUUUUUAAUAAUGUUUUAAUAUUACAUUAUUUGAACCGGCGUCAGGGGUGUAGUUGUUGGGCUCUUCACUGUCACUUUUAGGAGACCCUAGUUUGAUUCCUGAGUGGGAAGAAUUUUUAAGGAAUAUCUUGGUCUUUCUGCUGGGAUGUCGUAUCCUUCUCAACCCGGUUGGCCUUGACAGACAGGGUCGGAAGCCCGCCUCUUAAAUGAUCAAAAUUGUGUUGAUGAGGACGUAAAAACACCUGUAUUUAAAAACGAAAGAUUACUUCAUUUGAUUUGAACAAGAGACACUAGUUUAAAUUUUCCCCUUACGCUUAAAGGUAAAGAGAUUGCCCUGAAGAUGUGGAUCUGUUUAGAGUUUUGUUUACGAACAAUGGUGAUAGGAUUUAUGAACUAUGACCUGCGCUGUUGCUUGUGGUGGUCUGACUUCGGUUGAAAAUGAAAAGUCCCUGAUACACUUUGUGUAACUGCCCGAUGUCCCAGUGGUUUUAUGUCCGUUUUAUAAUUGUAAGGUUGGAAGUGUUUUGCUUUUCCAUACACAAAUUUUAUUUGGAAGGAGGUGCUCACAUUAUUUUUCUCAAGUGCCUGCCUUAUGCCUGUGGUUACCUGUUGUUGAUAUGUGCAUACAUGUAUGAUAUGUAUGUGUCUCUGUAACGAUGGACUAACCUACUAAUCAUUCCCUUGCUUUCCAGCCUUUCUCCUCAUCUCUCAGUCCCAUGUAUUUGUUUCUGUGUGUGGGACGCGUGAGCUGUGACUGAGCAGUGGCCUGUAUGUCAGGACCAGUGUAGCAGAUGUGAUUGUUUGUUUCUUCUGGUGGGCCGGCCACACUGUGUUGUCGUUGAUCUGCAGAGCAAUAUUAAAUCAUAUUGUAACUGAA